UUGAGAUUCUCUAAGGAUAAGGGUCGGGCAGCAACGGCAUCGCGGUUGCCGGGAGAAGACGACUUUUAUGUCCGUCAAGACGGCACUCGGGCCAAGUUCUUCACUGAGGACUCUUUGGUGGAGUUGUGGGAACGUCAGGGGGGCUUUCAGAGGGUCGAGUUGUUGACUCAUAGGAGAUGUGUAAUAAAUAGGAAGCAGGGGAAGGAGAUGAAGAGGGUGUGGAUCCAAGCGAAGUGGAGGGCCCCACUGGCCCCCGAGGGUAGUAAGGUUUCUCGCUAG